AUGGAUCAGGAGCCGUCGGAGGAUUCGUAUGCAUGGGAAACAAUGUCUGAAAGCUUGAAACUUGCGGCUGUCUGCUGUGCAGCCUUGCAAACCCUUGAUCCCGAUCUGUAUUCUCGAUUGAAGCUCCUUCUCAGCGAGGAGUCACCUAUCUCGGAUAGCCUCGUACAAGAAUCGGCCUUGAAGGCUACCACGGUCAUAGUACAGAAUUUCCCGGAAAUCGCUGCGUUGAUGGCACAUCACCUGCGGCGCUUCGUUACGGCACCCCUCCCCAUCUUCGAAGUCGAAUUUGCGUCCGAGACCCGGACACCACCUCCCCUCGCCGCAGCUGCCAAGUGCCUAGCUCUCUGCAUCACGUUGUCUCCCGGUGAUGAUUCCGUCCUAUCGAACAUGUACUCCCUCCUCAACUACAUCGCUGCCACAAGCAAAGAAGUAUUCGACACCUCGAACUCUCUACAUGCAGCUGGAAUAUCUCAAUACGUGUCCACGUCGGAUCACUCCACGUUACACUCGGUAGAAACAGGCCUGCGGGGUUUGUCAGAGGACGAGAAACGGUUGAUCGGGAUCAGUACGAUAUCCGUCGUGACCAAAUUGGCGCUGGAGUUCGACAUGGACGAGGUAACGAGGUUGACGGUAUCGAUGCUGCUUCAGCGGCUACGCUCGGCAGAGCCCUCGGUAGAGGCAGCUAUCGCAUACAAUCUUGUUGAUCUGGCACUGGCAGCACCGGAAAACUCCUUCGUGGAUAUCGUCCGGUCCUUUUCUGCGAUUAAUAGGUCCGCAAAUCCGGAUGAUCCGCGGUUCUCGAAUAACAUGGUGCUUGCGGCGCAGACGAGACUGGCUCACGAGAUGCACCGACGCCCAGAUUUCUCGGAGGUGUAUCUCGUGGAACUCCUGACCCUGUUCAGCGACAAGGGUGUGGCAAUACAGAAUGUCGCAGCGGCUAAUCAGCACGUUAAGGCGCGUUCGUAUACUGAGGACAUGAUCGAGCAACUGGCCUCUCUUCUUCUGCCAAUCGAGGCUCUGCUCAGCCAUGAUGACUUCAACCCUCAUCUUGACGCUGCACCUGCCCUCGUUUCGUUGUUCCGGAACAUGUGGUUCCUCUGCAUCCUAUUCAGGUUCACAUCGCCGGACGAGAUGGAACAUCUCGCGAUGGAAUGGCUCAAACCUGCGUUGGUCCGGAUCGCAGAGAAGACGCCACCUAUAGUAUUGGAAAAUGCUCGAGAUUCAUUGGCAGGAGAUAUCGAGUACAACGCUGUCAUCCGGCAGGAGUACGCGAAUACAGCGAUCGCACAGCACAAGCAGCUGUUGACGAGCUAUAUCACGCUCAGGUCAAGCGAGAUUCGAUAUCUCGUUCCAGGGCACAUCAUACUCCUACUCACCAUGCAUGAUAUGGAAAGUAUGCGCUCGGCUUCUGGACUGCCUUCUUCGUUGGUUUCGUACUUCACCAACAGCAGCAUCAAUAAGCAUCAGGGUCUCAGUGCUUGCAUGGAUGCUAUCGCCGAAAAGGUCAUCAGGGGAUGUGUCACCGACUUGAAUACACAAGCCGCUGAACAGGCUCUUCCUGAAGCACUUUCUCGGGAAUUACGUACCCUCCUGGUCUCGAGCGCACAUCGAAUUGAGAAAGCUCGCGACGUCGCUCUGAAGUUCUUGAACCGCCUGAUCACCUCGUUCCCGUCUUUGAUGUGUGACCCACCCUUGGUGUUUGCAAUCCUUGAGGUCCUCACGCUUCUUCGACAAGCCUGCGAGAACGAGUACAUCGACGAGUUCAACCCUAUUUACGAGUUCUCUUCACCGCACACGGGAAUCGCGCUCCAACUACCAGACAAUUACGCAGUGCGGAGGGACAUGCUUAUUCAGCUGCAACGUAACGCGACGAACUGGUUUGAGCUGGCCUUAGGCCGUGCGCCUGUGGAGCUGCAAGCCACUUUGCAGAAAUAUCUGAUGGUCAACCAAUCGACUUCCUUCUCGGAUGCGGCGGACCUCGGUGCCACGAUUGCACAGAAAUUUAGCAAAGCCAUCGGUCCAGCAGAGCGGCAACUAUCGUCCAUGUCUGGAAUGUCUGGUCUAAAGGCCGAUCGAGCGAAACUGCUUUCGAGCGAAACUGCGUUCAAAGCGUACUUCGCCGGAGAAGCUUCCGGUUCCCGACUCGCAAAUUUAGGUAUGGAUGGAUGUGCGCUGAACCAAUGUUUGGCAUUUAUUGUGUUUGUAGGCUAUAAGCAGAUGGAGAAAAUCGCCCAUGAGCCUGCUGCUGCUGAGGACGCUCAAGCCUUGAAGGGAUCCGCAAAAAGGAUUUUGCAGGACAUCAAGGCUAAGAACAGUCACUUGACUAUCCGCGAACUCAAGCGUAUCCUCUUCCGUUGCGCUGCCAUGGUGAUCUCGUUGGAGCACUGCGACCAUGACUUGGUUCACUACAUAGUGGCCAUUCCGUUCGAGGUGUUCACGCCCUCCUCGAUCUCCUCCGGAAUCGAAGCUUGGACCUGGGCGAUAGCGGAAAAACCCGACUUCGAAGUUGCGCUCAUGACCGAAAUCACAGCUGCAUGGUCGCAAACUGUCGUGCAAGAGCGUGGACUCUUUUCAUCGGCAAUUAAUGCGGUUGAUCCGUUAUCUCGGAACAUUGACUAUAGUCCAACGGACAGAGAAGGCAUCGAACGUUCUGCGGCAACCGCCCGUCGCCUCUUGACGCCACAUAAUCUUGUCAUCCAGAUGCUACUCAGCCGCCUGCAAGCCGCGCGAUAUCGCAAGCCUGGUUUGAUGUUGCUUAUUCAGCGCCUUGUUUUACGCUCUGCCAGAGCUCAUCCCAGCCUAAGCACGCAUCCUUUGGCGCGGGAGCCUCGGUUUUCAUUCUUGUUGUUCGGGUUCGAGACUCUGCGCAGCUCACAUUUGGAUACGUACUGCGAGCAUUCAUUGCGUGAAGCGAUAUACUCAGCCGCCUUUUCAUGGUUUGCUGUGAGACCUCAAUGGUCGUUCGGAUCAAACAGAGUUCAGCUGGACGUGGACGUCAAGGUUCUUUCGGAGUUUCUCUCCUACUUGCAGACAGACACCAUUCGCGGCACCUUCCAAACGACUAGUUUGUCGAACAAUUCGCCGACGGGCCGCAUAUCUCAGUACCUGACACGGCUGAAGAGUUCUAACCAGCUACUCCGUCUACUGGUGGAGGACGAUCUCUACAGACUCACAGUAUGGUCCAAUCCUACCCACGAUCUGAAGCGGGGUGGCGAUCAUCUAGGCACAACUGAUCGCACGAUGACCGACACAAGCUGGGUGGCUGCAGUGCGUACUGCCUGGCAGCUGGAUCCUUCCGUCGCAGUGCACCUCGCGGAUCGCUUCAGCCGCCAAUCCGUUCAACAAGAAGUUGGGCGGUUGGUUCGGUCGAACACACGGGAAGUGCUUGAUUCGCCUGAAGCUACUCGCUUCCUACUGGUUGACAGGAUCAGUCCCAAGAACAAGCGAGAUUUGAAGCAUCUCCUCCUAUGGGUCCCCGUUCCGCCUGUUGUUGCCAUCGAGUGUUUCCAGGAUCACAAUAGGACCGAUCCGCUCGUCUUGCAAUUUGCGCACAGAGUGCUAGAACAGCAUCCAGUGGAGCUCACCUUCUUUUUCGUCCCGCAAAUCGUCCAAGCAUUGCGGUACGAUGAACUCGGCUACGUAUCUCGUUUCAUCUUCGAGACUGCGAAGGUGUCGCAGCUUUUUUGCCAUCAAAUCGUGUGGAACAUGAAGGCAAACUGCUACAAAGACGACUUGGGCGAAAUCGAGGACCCAUUGAAACCCACGCUCGAUCGCAUGACUGAUAUGGUGGUCUCGUCGUUGUCAGGCGAGGCCAAACUAUUCUAUCAACGGGAAUUCAGUUUCUUUGGCGAAGUGACCGCCAUAUCGGGGAAAUUGAAGCCAUUCAUUAAGAAGACGAAACCGGAAAAGAAGGCCAAGAUAGACGAGGAAAUGGCAAAGAUACAGGUGGAAGUCGGGGUGUAUCUUCCCAGUAACCCAGAUGGCAAGGUAAUCGACAUCGACCGCAAGUCAGGACGCCCACUACAGAGCCACGCGAAGGCGCCCUUCAUGGCCACCUUCAAAGUACGCAAGGAUAGGACCGAGAUUGUCAAGGAUCCGGAGUCAGAAAUGGAUGAGCAACGGGAAAGCAGGGUUGAAUACGAUGUCUGGCUUCAAGCAAUCUUCAAGGUCGGGGAUGACUGCCGUCAAGACGUGCUUGCUCUCCAGAUCAUUGCAAUGUUCAAGAACAUCUACAGUGGCAUUGGCCUGGCAUUGUACCUCUUUCCUUAUCGUGUUACUGCCACUGCACCAGGUUGUGGAGUCAUCGACGUAGUUCCCAAUGCCACAUCCCGAGAUGAGAUGGGUCGUGCCAAAGUCAAUGAUCUCCUUGGUUUCUUCAUCGCGCGAUACGGCGGCGAAGACACGAUAGCCUUCCAGAAAGCGCGGCUGAACUUCAUACAAUCUAUGGCAGCAUAUUCCGUGGCCUGCUACAUCUUGCAGAUCAAGGAUAGGCAUAACGGCAACAUUAUGAUCGACGGCGAGGGGCACAUCGUCCACAUUGACUUUGGCUUCCUCUUUGACAUAGGACCCGGGGGAGUGAAAUUUGAGCCCAGUUCCUUUAAGCUUACCCACGAGAUGAUUGUUCUCAUGGGUGGAAGAUAUUCACAAGGAUAUCAGGUUUUCCAGCAACUCACGGUCAAAGCAUUCCUUGCCUUGCGUCCAUAUACAGAUCAACUCGUCAGCACCGUGCAACUGAUGCUCGAUACUGGGCUUCCAUCCUUCAAGGGAGAGCCGACAAUCAAGCGCCUUCGUGAUCGGUUUGCACCUGGUUUGAACGAGAGACAGGCUGCUGAGUGGAUGAUGGGCGUUGUGCGCAAUGCACAGGAGAAUGUGCGAAGCACUGUAUAUGAUGAAUUCCAACGGGUACGUCUUCUGCCCCACAAUCAACAGCCUUCAUGCUGA